UCUUUAUAAAACUUUAUAGCACUAUAAAAACAACAAACAAAUUUACAUUUACAUUGUGAUAGCUGUUUCACCUGACGCAUAAAUAGAAAAAAUGGCUUUUGUUUACCAAGGGGACCCCGAACUAGAAUCAAAAUCUAAAAAAGCUGCCGAACGGAUAUCGGAGAAUAUGCACAUAGUAGCGAACGAGCCUUCACUGGCGCUGUAUAGAUUGCAAGAGCAUGUCAGAAAAGCCUUGCCUCCCAUGGUGGAACGAAGAGUGGAGGUGACAAAGUUGCAGCAUGAGUUGCAAGGCAGGUGCUAUGAUGUGGAAUAUGCUCUCAGUGCAGUAAAAUCAAUGGAUGGUGCAGCAACAAGUUUCAAGAACAUACAGGAAAUGUUAAAGCAAUCAAUAUUUUUAAAGCAACAAUUGAAAUAUGAGGAAGCUAGGAGAAAUAAAAAAGACUCUAAUUCUGUUUACAAACGUCUCUCUGCUCAUAUUGUUCUUGACCUACCAGAUUUGUCUGAGUUCUCAAUGGUUCGGGAGACUACAAAUAGAAUUGAGAAUAUGAUGGCCCAAGCUAGGGGCUCCUCUGCUGAGUUGCAUAGGUCUCACACUACUUUGCAUUGAUCAACUACAAUUUUUUUGCUACAUAACUGAUCUCAUAUUAAUAACACUAGU